GCUAUGCUGAUCGCGAACCGCGUCAAACCAAAUAUCCGAAAUCGAACAAGCCAUAUCCUGAAUUGGGAGCCAGUUUUCUAUCUCGACUUUCGUACGCUUGGUUCGACGCAUUGGCAUGGAAAGGAUAUCGCAAACCACUUGAACAAAGCGAUUUAUGGGACAUGAAUCCAGAAGAUUCAUCGAAGGAAGUGAUGCCAGUCUUCUUGAAAUACUGGGAUCGAGCUGUUGCCAAGGCUUCCGGUUAUAAUCUCAAAAACGCGUUCACUGGCAAUGCUCAAUACACUAAAACACGAACUUCAGCCAGUGUCACAAUAAAUCCAGAACAAAAGAAGAAACGUAUCGCAUCUAUUUUGCCACCUAUUUGCAAGGCAUUCGGACCAACAUUUAUGUUUGGCGCCAUUUUGAAGUUGACACAAGAUGUUCUAACUUUUGUAUCACCCCAAUUGCUUCGUGCCAUCAUUUCUUUUGUUGACAACUCAGCAGUAAAACAAGUAGAUAGUGCAAAUGGAACUGAAACCGUUACUUAUAUAACAAAUCCAGACCAAGAACCAUUGUGGCGUGGUAUUCUCUAUGCCGUGCUCUUAUUCGUUGUGGCCAGUACACAAACUCUGUUUCUCUCACAAUAUUUUCAACGUAUGUUUUUGGUUGGUUUGCGAAUCCGUACCGCACUCGUUGGAGCAAUCUACAAAAAGGCACUUUGCCUAUCAAACACAGCCCGAAAGGAAUCCACGGUCGGUGAAAUCGUAAACUUGAUGGCUGUCGAUGCGCAACGAUUCAUGGAUCUUACUACUUAUAUCAACAUGCUUUGGUCAGCUCCAUUGCAAAUUGGAUUGGCAGUUUACUUCUUGUGGGACUUGCUUGGACCGUCUGUUUUGGCUGGUUUGGCCGUUAUGAUAAUCUUGAUCCCAGUGAACGGAGUUAUUGCGAAUAAAAUUAAAUCUCUUCAAAUUCGCCAAAUGAAGAACAAAGACGAGCGUGUCAAACUGAUGAAUGAAAUUCUGAGUGGAAUCAAAGUACUUAAACUGUAUGCUUGGGAGCCCAGCUUCGAGGAGCAAGUGCAAAAAAUUCGUGAAAAGGAAAUCAAGGUGUUGAAAGAAGCCGCCUACUUGAAUGCUGGAACAUCGUUUAUUUGGUCUUGUGCUCCGUUCUUGGUGUCACUCGUCACAUUCAUUGCAUACGUCUACUCCGGAGACGAUCAUAUUUUAACCGCUGAAAGAGCAUUCGUUUGUCUCACAUUGUUCGAUAUUAUUCGGAUGCCAUUGGCUAUGUUGCCAUUGCUGAUUGUAUACAUGAUCGAGACUAGUGUUUCUGUGAACCGAAUCAACAAAUUUAUGAACAGCGAAGAAUUGGACCCACAAAAUGUAUCACAUGACCCAUCUGAUGCAGCACCUUUGUCAAUUGAAAAUGGAACAUUCAGUUGGGGCAAUGACGAACCUUGCCUAAAGAAUAUCAAUUUGCAAGUGAAGAAAAGCAAUUUGGUUGCUGUUGUUGGUACCGUCGGAGCAGGAAAAAGUUCGAUCAUUUCCGCAUUCUUGGGUGAAAUGGACCGAUUAUCGGGUCGUGUCAAUACAACCGGAACAAUUGCAUACGUUUCGCAACAGGCUUGGAUUCAGAACGCCACACUUCAAGACAACAUUCUGUUCGGAAAGCCAAUGGAUCGCAAGCGUUACAAUCAAGUCAUUGCUGCUU